CAUUUCUGAUUCUCCUCUCUCUUUAGGUGAGAGAAACUGAGAUUAUGGACCCACAACUGAACAUAGAGGAAUUUGCAUCUGGUGACUUGCCAGAUGAUGAAGAUGCAAGGUCGGAUUUAACAAUUGAUUAUGACGGUUAUGAGGUUUCAGGUUCAGGAGAUGAAGAAGGCUAUACGGAUAUGGAGGAUACAUUGUCUUCUGCCACCAAUAGUUCUGUGGUUUCCAUGGACAACUAUAUUCCUGACUUCAAAAAAGAUACCAAGGAUGAAAGUGAACCAGCUGUGAUAGACAAUGAGAUUAUUGUUCCUAAAAAAACACUUCCUGAAGGAGAAGACCUGUCCAACAAGAUCUCAAUGGCCAGCACAGCCACUGGGAGCAUCUUUGAGAGAACAGAAGUGCUUGCAGCUCUUAUUGCAGGUGGAGCAGUUGGCCUCUUGUUCGCUGUCUUCCUGAUCCUCCUCCUCAUCUACCGCAUGAAGAAGAAGGAUGAGGGUAGUUAUGACCUUGGCAAGAAGCCCAUCUACAAGAAAGCUCCCACAAAUGAAUUCUACGCCUAAGGCUCGCCACUGUUUUAUAUACCAACUUGGGAGGCAGAAAUAGACUUUGUAAAAAAAAAUUAAAAAAAAAAAAAGCAUUUGGACCAUGGACAAAAGGCUCUGAAACAAAUACUCUUUUGGAUCUAAUGUCAAACUGUUGUUUUUUUUUAAAAAAACCCUCCUUUCUGACCCUUCCCACUAACUAGUAAGGAUAUAAAAUAAAUAAAAAAAGCAGAAUCCUAGGAUGGGGAAGGGAAACCCACGUGGAGUAGUAUGUGCUUUAAUAUGCAAAGGAAAUUUGCUGAGUUUUAUAUUUGGGUGAAGGGGGUUGUGUAUGAAACUCUUGCAUUUGGUUGCAGUUCUUCAGCUUACCUUGUUUUACAGAAGGUGUCAAGAGGGCUGCCCCAUAGCCAGCUUAGGGAUCACAAAAAAUGUGACCAGCCACUGUCAUUUUUUUUCUUAAAUAAAGAACUUAUUUAUGAAAGUUCCUACACUACGUACACCGUAAAUUAGCCUGGGUCACGAGCAAAUUGUUUAGUAACUCUGCCUGUUUGGGUCUUGCUGAGAAAAGUGGCUGUAUGUAAAGAAGCGUUUUCUUCUUUGGAGAGAAGGAACUCAGUCACCUACAAAAGCAAAUUAUUAGAGGAAUAUCAUGUCUUCCAUUUUGUAAUAGGGUACUUUUAGUGAAGAGGAUUUCACUAAAAAUGUCAAUAGCCUGCCUAUACAAACUCAUAAAAAUACUGCUUAAUAAUAAAACUUUUUAUAGUCAUUCAUAAAGAUUUCACUUGUAAUUCGUCCCUUCCUAUUGCCGGUCAUCGGUCUAUCAAGGUAGCACUUCAGAUCAAUGAUUGUACAACCUGGGAAUGUUUCAGCUUUCUACAUUCAUAUCAUAGGUGAUACUAAACAAGUGAGAAGAAAAUAUUUAUGUAUUUUUUCCAAAAUAAAAGCAAAGAUGUGUUUGUUUUUAAUAGAACUAUUUAUAGUUUCCAAGAUGGCUGCUCUGUUUUGGGUAACUUCUUUUUUUAUAUGUAAAACACUAAUAUAAUGAAGCUCCUAAUGAUUGUGAAAACUAUUUAAGCUUUAUUCUGUGUAUGAUAUAUCCUAGAUGCAAUAAUCUCUGCUUAGAAUUAAUAUCUGUGUGGAAAAUUGGUUUUCUUUGAAAUAAGUGUAAUGGGAGGGGAAGGUUUUUUAGCUUUGUAAUAUAUUAUUGUUACUAUAGAGCUAUAUUUUUUCAGUAAAGUGCACAGUUUUUAUAAAAAUACCAGAAGGAGUUUAUGCAGUCUUUCUGCAUGGGUGAUGAGGUUACUUUCUCUGAUUUGUGGAGAUUUGUUUUGUUUUUAAUACCAUCCUAUUCUGAGUGGAGUAACAACUUCACAGAGCCACGAAUGGCAACUGAGUAUUUCAGUUAGAUGAACUGAGAUCUCGUUUUUGCCCUUGGCUUCACUGCUUGGUCAGUUGGUAACUGGGUAUGAUUCCUUGCUUUGGGGGUGGUGGGGCUGAUUUACAAAGAUAACUCAGCUAACACACAACACAGUCUGGAAGCACAUGGUGCGAAUACUUCCUUCUCUUGGCAACUUGGUCCUUUCAUGAAAACAACCAAGACAUUAUAAUGCUAGAGCAAGCUUUUGUUCCAUUUUAGAACCUUGGCGGAUGCUCUUGGCUUUCAGAGUUCUGAAUGGGCAUAUAGCUAUUUCUCCUCUAAGGAAUCAAGAUGCUGAUUAUACUUGAUGAAAAAUGUCUUGGGGAGAUUUGUGAUCCAUCCAUAGCGAGCCAGGACGGAGAGAAGAUUUUGAACAGUCUGCCUCUUCUCUACCAGAUUGGAGUGAAGUGUGAAAUUGCUGCAGUUGAGCUGGGUUUCAGGUAGAGGAUGUAGCUUGGUAAAGAUGCUAGUACUACAACUUUAUACAUCCUAUGCAAUCAGUUGAAGGAUCAUGCAAACUGCUGCUUCAGGACAAUGACAUAUGAGAUCAUGCUGUAUAUUUUUAUCUAAGUUGUUUACCUGGAAAACCCAUGUCAAUUCAAAAAUUCUUUUAAGGACUUCAGUGGAUUUUGGUGGGAUCAGAUUGUAUCAAUUGUGUGUGUGUGUGUGUGUGUGUGUGUUUUUGUAGACAGUUGCUUGUACAGCAGGAGCUGUGAAUCUUAUGUUUAACUUACUUAGCAGGAGCCAAAGGGAAACAGCCUGAGUCAUAUAAGUCCUGACAUAAUCUUGAUCUUUUCCUAAUUUUGCAUCCUUUCAGUUGCACCUUUUAAAAUCCUGACAUGAUCUUAUGCUUCCAUUCGUAGACCUCAUGUUACCAGAACUGGCCUGGGCAAGGUUCUGUACCAGGGUUUAUCCAUAGUUGCAUAAGAAUUGUUCUCUCUUUUCUGCUCUUGGCAGUACAUUCAUGCUAUGAUUUUUAUCAUGGCCUUAUGGGACCGCUAAGAUGAACAUAUGGGUAAAGUUAAGAUUAUGCCAAGGGUUUUGUUUCAGCAAUAACUUCUUUUUUUUUUUUAACUGAGUCAGCUUCGGGAACUACUUUUUGGGGUAGGAGGUGAGGUAGAGUAUAUAAACACUUUUUCAAUUAGUAUUGCUUGAAAAAUAGGGGUCCCAUGUCUGCCUUUGGUUGCUUGAAUAUUUCUUGUAUAUUUACUUUUGCUUUGCUGUCACUGAUUUGAUAAAAUAAACUGGUACUUUAUAAAAUUCU